UAAGAACUCUAAGAAUGUAUAUUGUCCAAAUAAGUUUGGAGUGAACAAUUUAAGGUGAUAAUAAAAAACUGUGACGCUGAUAUGGAGAAAGUUUGUCGUUCUUGCAUGAGCGUAAGCUCGGAAAUAAGAAGUGUUUUUGAUAUAGACAUUUUUGACGGUCAAGCAAUGCAAAUAUCGGAUAUGAUUAUGGCUUGUGCUGAAGUUCAGGUCCAAGAAGAUGAUGGUCUUCCAUCUCAUUUGUGUUCAAAAUGUGAAGUUAAAUUGCAAACUGCAUUUACUUUUAAAAAGCAAUGUGAAAAAUCAGAUGCUAUUUUCCGAGCUCUCCCACCAGAAACUAAAGUAGAUAUUAAGGAAGAAUGUUUAGAAAAUUUAAACAUAAUUGUACAACUAGACAUUAACAAUGAUUGUACCACAUAUGAGGACAACAGUUUGUCUGAUUCAAAUUAUGAAAAUGAAAAACUGAUUGCAGAACCUGACUCCAGUCAAAAUAAAAAUAAGUGUGCAACUUGUGAUGACAACAAUUUCUUAGAUCCAAAUUGUGGGAAUGAAAAAAACAAUGCAGAGUGUGACUGCAAACAAGAUAAAAAUGAUUUAACAUGUAAUUAUUGCUGCAAAAUAUUACGCUCCAAAAAAGGCCUUAAAAUUCACAUGAGAAGACAUACUUGUGAUAUUUGUUCUGCUUCAUUUACAAAAACUGAUAAUCUAGUGAGACAUAUGAGAGUGCAUAAUGUAGAGGAAAAUCAAAAAUACGUUUGUAUAGAAUGUGGUGCAGAAUUUGCCAAGUCCUAUGACUUAUCAAUACAUAAAAAGGAACACAUGACUACUAAAAAUGAAGAAGAAUUUGAGGAUGACAAAAAUAUGAGAAGCAAUAUGUAUUCAGCACAUGAAAGUGAUGAAGCUAUUAAUGUAACUUUGGCUAAGACAAUUAAAUGUGAAUUUUGUAACAGAAAGUUUAAAUAUAGAAAAAGUUUUAUGCACCAUAUACAACUGAAACAUGGAAUGACAGACGACAAUGAUAUUCCUUUUAUUUCUGUUAUUUCUGGAAAUAUGCAGACAAAAGUGUCACCUGAGAAAGGUAUUUUCAAAUUCUUAUGAUCAACA